AUGUUUUCCGACGAAGUGGUGGUGAAACAAGAGAACUUGUCUGCCGAUGAAAUCAUAAGCGUUCACGAAGUUUGUCUGGGUGAGAAAUAUGAAAAGAAGGCUCCAAGCGCUCGGCACGAAUCAAUUUUAACCUCGUCGGAGAAGUACGAUAUGGAUGUGUCUCGGUCCUUCUUCCGCGACGGCUUCUUUAAUGAAGACCAGGAUCAGUUCGCUUGGACAGAAGAAGACGGAAACAUUGUUUCUCUUGUCUCGGAACCUGGGUUUGGAACUACAGGACAAACAUCUUUCGGGAGGGAUUUGGAUAUGGGUUUGCAUGCUCAGACAAAGGAAGCCCAAUCAUCGAGUUCCAUGUUUGUAGCUCGCAAAAUGAGUACAUCUUUAGAUCGGUCUUUUGGAGGAUCUCAAUUAGUUUCUUCCACUACAACUGGAAAUCCAGUUUUAGAUCAACCAAAGAAAAAUCAGGGUGCCCGUAAAGUGGAUAAGUCGGAUCCUCGUUCCAAAGUACAUUACAUGAAGUAUGUGAAGAGACUCGGAAAGACUGUCAAACUAUGGGAGUGUGGUAUUUGUGGAAGAGAGUUCCAACAUCAAUAUACUUUAAUGCGCCAUCUUCCAACUCAUACUGAUGAGAGAAAUUUUCACUGUGUAACCUGUGGGAAGAGCUUUCGACAGCUUUCGACUUUAAGCCAACACCGAGCUAUACAUUCUUCAGAACGGCCCUAUGCUUGCGAAGUAUGCAAUAAAACAUUUAACCGCGUCUCUACCCUGAUAUCCCAUUGCAAGACCCAUUCCAGUGAGAAACCCUACCGGUGUCAUCUUUGUCCUAAAGGAUUCCAUCAAAAAGGCAACUUGAGAAACCAUUUGUUUACGCACACAAAUGAACGUCCCUACCGUUGUAACAUAUGCUUUAAGGGCUUCAAUCAACAGUCGAAUCUGGUCUGUCACAAAAAUAAGGCUCAUCCAGAUGAAAACUCAUCUUCAUCCAAUCAAGUCCAAAUUGCUGCCCAAGGAACAUCUAUUAGCCAAACUGGAUCAGAUUCAAACAGACCUCCAUCAGCACCGUGUGAGGUUUCAUCGACAAUGGGUCACCUAAUGCCACCUCUAACAAACGAAUUUGACUGGAAUAUAAAAAAUGACUGGCAAAACAGGGUGUCUAAUCAAAGUGACCCCGAGGAAUGGGGUUCUAUGAUCAAUGGCGUCGUGGUAGACGCCAUAGAGACUUACCACAUGAAAGUUGCUAAGGCUACUAAUCAAACCCCCUUCGCUUUGUUGAAACCGGACACAGGAAUUCCUGUAUUAGUCAAAGUUGUUAAUGUCAGUUUGCCAGGCGGAAAGCAGAUGCUUGUACCUGCUACCGCUGAAGACCUGCGGGCUGGCGGCAAAAUCGUGGUCCAGAAAGAGGGAGAAGACGCUGUGACUCAAGAUGUUGAGAGAGCGGUUCAAAUCAAAGUGCCCGUUGUAGCUAUAGUUGUACCGAAAAUGCAGCCAAGUGGCAGACUUCACAUCUCCGUGGAAGAGCCCCACCAUGUAUACCACACGACUUUGAAUUCUGACGUUAUAACCGUCAACAUUUCCGACUCGUGUACAGUCAAAGAUGAAGAAGAGAAAAAAGAAUCCACGAGAAAUCUGCCAUCGCCACCUAAAAACGAAAUUCUAAAACCAGGGCCAUCAGGAUCUCGGAUAUCUUGCGCGAUGCCUUCCCCAACACCUUCACCUCCGCUCGAUCUGAUCUCAAUGGAUCUGUUUGAACCUAUUGAAUGUAUACCCUUAGGUCCUCAGAUAACGGCAGUCGAUGAUAUCGAUCACGUCCCGUCCGACGAUUCUGACAUAUUUAUAGGGGAGUUUGAAGAAAGCAUCCCGUUGAGUGAUUCUGAUUGA